AUGUCUCUCUCGAACGUCUUCUACGACCCGUUCGCGGACUUCGACCGCCUCUUCGAUGAGGCAUUCCGCGCAAGGACGUCGGGCAACGCAUCCGGCCCUAACAACCAACUACAGCGUCAGGGCCCCAACGGCCAAGCUGGUCCGCUCCGCCCAAGGAUGGAUCUCCAUGAGAACUCUGAGACCAACACGGUGACGGCCACCUUCGAGCUCCCAGGAUUGAAGAAGGAGGAUGUCAGUAUCGAUGUCCACAACGCCCGCCUCAGUGUCACGGGCGAGAGCAAAAUUGCGAGCGACCGGGACGAGAACGGAUACGCCGUCCGUGAACGCCGCUAUGGUCGCUUCGCAAGGACACUUCAGCUGCCUCAAGGAGUCAAGGAGAGCGACAUCAAGGCGUCGCUGGAGAACGGUAUCCUUACGGUGACAUUCCCCAAGGCCGCUCCCGAGGCUGCGCCGAAGAAGAUCGCGAUUGCAUGAUUUGUUACGAGUCUCUAGCAGGAUUGGAUUGCACGGGGUUCCACCCCUUUUUUAUCUUUGGAAACAUUUUCACCAAGCACGCUCGUUUGUAUCGAUAGCAUUGCAAUGACAUGUGUUAUGAAC